AUGAUAUUUCCUGGAGGUCUCGCCACUGCAGAAUUACAACAAGCAGCUACCGAAAGAGUGAAGAGAGAUGUUGGAAAGUUUGUAAUAUUUGGACUUCUAGUGGAGGCUGGUAAGCUGGUGUUUUGUUUGGCCCUUGUAUUCAUUAGGGAUGUGCAUUUGAUCACUAUACGUCCAUUAUUUGUUUCAGUAGCCUAUGGAGCUAGUUAUCUGAGUAUCGAAGGCUUUCUGACUUGA